GAUUGUACAUGACACACCGCCUCUCAAACUUUUCCGCGAAAUAAUAGAUACUUCACGGCGUUUUCACACUGCAACGACAAGAAGUGCAUAAUAUUGCUAGCCUCAGUUUCGGUGUCAUCAGGAAGCCAUGUCAACUAACUUUUUUUUCUUUUUUUGCCAGUUUGUUGGCACUACUUAUGCCUGCUUAGUGACUUGGCCGAGUUAUCUGUCACUCAAAACCGAUCUAAUGGUGUCUUCCGUCCGCACUCUCAGGUUAGCAUCGGAGACUACCGUAGAUGCCGGCGAUGUUGCACAACAACAGGGAAGGACGCGUUCGCAAAAUGCACCUCGCACAGUCGCAGGAACAAGCGGUUCAACAACUCCUGCUCAAGAAUCGAACCCUCCUGCCCAAGAGAAGACAGAAAUCAAAAGCCAGGCAACACCUCGGUCGAGCUGCCGAGUGUUGAAGAGACUUCGCAAAGAUGCUAGUCCUCCGCCUCAAAACAACACCGUGUCACAAACUGCCAGCAAAAAGACAAAUGCAUCAAAACAAAAUGCAGCCGAUUCGGGGAAAACACGCAGGCCGUGGGAAUUGUGGAGUACUGAAGAUAAGAACUCGUUUUUUGAAGCCCUUUGCGAGUUUGGCAAAGACUUCGAAAGCAUUCAGUCGUACAUUGCUCAGCGAAGUAAGAAAAAGGGGGUUCCUCUCCACGGCAUCAAAAACAAGGACCAGGUUCGACAUUUUUAUUACCGAACUUGGCACAAGAUCUCGAAAGUCAUGGAUAUUGGUGAAGACGUCAAAAAGCAGACGCAAGAACUUUAUGGGCUCAUCAACUAUGCAGAGCUUCGAAAGAAGUACAGUGCAUCAAUAAACGAACGUAAUGGACAGCUUUUGACAGAGCUUGUGCUUAGUGGCUCUACAAUGGUGAAGAUCAAGGGAAAGAGGGUCAGAAUAAAAACUCCACUUUGCAGAGCACUCAAGAAGUUGAACAAUGUGGAAGAUGCAAAAGAUGGAGAACCAGCAAAGUUACCGCAAGAAAUUUACGUCGAGUUGCGACCCCGCUGCAACGCUGCUUGGGCUCACGUUCAAGGGCUCGCUCAAAACCCUCGUGUGCGUACAAAGACUGGUCUGCAACGGAGGGUGUCUACCAUCGUCGAAUAUCUCCAGCACAGGUGGCAGCCGCUCAGAGUGAAACAAAAAGAGCACAUCCUUUCGGCACUCCCCAGCGGAGUGGCAUCCGCGGUCACCGGUGCGACGCCUGAACCCAAGCUGGAGCUGCGAGUUUGGCCAGCAGAACGAAUCUGUCCCAUCAGCAUCUCAACCGCUGACUCGACAUCGAAUCUGGACAUCAGCUUGGAAGGCUACAAGAAAAACACUGGUAUCGAGGGCACUAAGUGUCGUAAGCCAAAGCGAAAUAACCCCAAGCCUCCAGUCAACAUCCCUCCACCACAACCGCAGCCUCCUCAAGCAGAAUCUGGGGAUGGAAGCUCACAAGACACGCAGGCAACAAGCACGAAUCCUUCGCCACCGAGCACUCUGGAAUCCCAAAGGUCCGAAAGCAAUCCUGAAGAAGAAGCCACAAAGUCUUUAACUCUCCUUCAAAGCAUGUUGGAACCUCAGGAAGAACCCCAAACAACGCAGAUGAGCUCUCCUCAACAUGCUGCACCCCUGUCGCCUCCCGUUGCACCUACGUCUCCUCCAACGGCACCCCUGCCACCCAUCAGCAACGUGGAAGAUCUGUGCAGCAGCCUUCCGACGACGGAAGAUGCGGAGAAGCUGACUCUGGGCCAGCUGCUGGGCUUGGCUGCUGAAGAAGCCAGGGGAGGGAUAGAGGAGGAAGAGGAAGUGGAGAAAGUGGAAGAGAAGGAAGAGGUGAAAAAAGAUGAAGAAAGCAAGGAAGCCAAGGAAGCAAGGAUAGCCAAAGAGGAGGAAUUGAAGGAAAGGUACGAGAAGGGGUGGUCGGCAACGGAGGCUGGAUUCAUGACCGUCGGAGAGCUCUACCUAAUGAUGGGACGUCCGACUAAAAUCGUGCUGCAUUACGACUUUGAGCAUCCGGAGAAAGACGCCCCAAACCGCGACUCAAAUGGCAAGGUGGAUCAUCGGUUCACGACAGUUCUCAAAAAGCUAGUCUCCUUGGCAUCAACAAUGUUCUCAGAAAAGAACAAACAGGGCCCGAUGUCGCCACCAGCUGGCAGGAGCGGCAUUGCGGGGCUCGCAAACUGCUCUCGAGCAUCCGGCACUCCGCCGUCGUCGAAGUCCGUGGCAAGCCGCGCCAUCGGCCGCAGUCCGUCGGCACGCUCGAAUCCGCGGCCGACCCUGCAGCAAGUGCAGGAAGCGCAGGUGCAGGAUUCUGCUGCUGCUGCCCUUUCCACUGCGGAAGGAAACAUGACGACGCAGCCUUCUUCGGCCGGUGGAGCAAAAUCUGAUCAACACGUAUUUGUGGUUCCUGUUGGCACGGCCCCACGUUCCCAAAAGGCUAACGCGAUAACAGCCGUGCAGGACGCAGUCCAGGAGCAGAUUGAUAAACUUAUUCCGGGCAACAGAAGAGGCAACAGGAUGCGGACAAACCGUAAACCGGUCGUAGUGCAACGACCACUCCUGCCCAGGGCAGACCAGCGACCAGUCACUGUAGUACAGCUUCUACCGUCACCCCAAACGCUGGCGACUGUAGUUCAGCAGCAGCCCGCAUCAUCAGCUGCAACGCCUGUGCCGGCAACUGGCAUUGGUGAAGCUCUGCAGCCAGGAAGUGGAGUGGUUAACCUACUUCCAACAGGGUCAACGUUCGAUGUUCAUGUUCCAUUGUCGUCGGCAAGUGCCGCCAACAUGAUUCUGCCAGUAGCGUCACAGGUGGUGGUGACAACAACGUCUCCUCCUCUAGUGUCAUCAUCUCCGAUGACGAGAGAUUCCGUUAUGCUUUCUUCUGGGUUACCUCUUCCGGUGAAGACCCUCUCCCGUGACAUGGAAGAAAGUGUUGUCUCCUCCACUGUAGUAUCGGUCACAGCGACUGUACUGCCAGUGGACGAAAAUGCCAAUUGCUCGGAGGGUCCCAUAGCUCCAGUGAGCUUGACAACAGCAGCCACCAGAGGGAACGAUGUUUCGAGCUUGCCAAUCUCGCCACCAAGCAUAUCCUCACUGCUUGAUAUCUCCUUGCCCGAUAGCCUCCCAUCGGAUGCACCUCCAGUGAUGCCAGAUGACAAUUCGUUGCUGAACUUUGCAGCUGCAUCUGUAACUUCCAGCACAGCGCUUACUUCAUUUGAAGUGCAAAGCAAGGAAGAAAUGAAAUCGAGCAAUCUAAUUGACUCUCCAGCAAAGUCCACCCUGGCCACACCGCCAAUGAGCCCCUUCAAGCUGGUUCCCUCGGCUCCCGAUCCCAACUGGCUGAACGGGGAGAGCUCAGAUUUCUCGCUGAGCAGCCUGCUGAACACGUUUGAUUCUCCGCUGAAGGCGAAUCCUACGACAUCCUCUUCGGGAUGUCCCGCACUUUCGUCGGAAAAUUCGAACCUUGAUCCGAUUGCAAGGCUUGCCCCAGAUGUCGACACACAACUGCAGUGCCUCAUGAACGAAAACAGCAUCGACUACGUGGCCAAGUUUGCAGAUCUUGCCGCGCAGAUCGCAUCUUCAAAUGUCGAACACAAGUCGACGACAUAGCUAUCGGCGCCAUCAGCGGUAGCAGCACCCGCACGGAGGAGUAAUCUUUAUUUAUUUUGUAAAGCUCACGUUUCUCUCCUGUACAUAGUGUUCAUAUGGUCACAUCUUUCAUAAACUCUGUAAGAUGAGGACAUGCUGCCUGUGAGUUCACAGUAGGACCCGUUUAUAACAGUGCACAGAUGUUUAGAGCAGGUCACUCUUAUUCUUGUGUUCUGGAAUCCUUGGUCAUUGUGAGGCACGUUUCUGUUCCGAAAGGAUUGUUUUGCCGUACAAAGAAGGUGUAAUAUACUCAAGGUUAUGCAAGCAGACAACUUUUUUUUUCCCCGCCUUUUUCCAACUUGUAUACACAGACUAAAAUGUGGUUAGGUCUCUACACAACCUUUUGCUGAAGUCUAGCCCACGUACACAGCUGUCUUCACCGCAUUUUGUGAUUCUGGGCACUGUCCUAGGAAAGCAAUCUCCCAAGCAGCGCAACAUCUUGGGCCAAUAUUGCCAAUAUUGGACCAAGAUUGGGCCAGUAUUGCCAAUAUUGGACCAAGAUUGAGCCAGUAUUGCCAAUAGCGGGCCAAAAUUUGGCCAGUAUUGCCAAUAUUGGACCAAGAUUGGGCCAGUACUGCCAAUAGUGGGCCAAGAUCGGGCCAGUAUUGCCAAUAUUGGACCAAGAUUGGGCCAGUAUAGCCAAUAUUGGGCAAAGAUGUUGUGCUGCUUGGGCUCACAUUGGAGGAACUAAAUGUUGAGAAAAAAAAAACAAAUUGUCUCAAAUGUGAGCAACACUUACGCGCUGAAAUGCAUAGUUUCGGAAUGAGCACGACUCGAGAUUUGUUCCGUGCACACACUUUCUUUGGUUUUCUAGUUCCGUUCACUCGUUGCUGAUCUUUUUGUUGCUAAGUUGCCAACAGGGCUUGCCAAAAAAGACAUUUUGGAGCUUAUUUGCAGUUUCCAAAGCCAUUCAAUGAGACAUUUCUUAGGAAGUGCCAAACCAAUGUUACGAGGGGAAACUCUUUCUCAAGACAGAAUUAAUGCCCAAUGAUAAUGGUGGUGUAUUUUGAAGCCUGGCCUAUGAUUUCUUUGCUUGCAUAUCUUUGCAUUCCUUUCAUACACAAACUCUCUGCAAGUGUUUCAGGACACAGGUGCUCAGAAUCACAAAGAUAUUUUUAUGCAUAGGUAUCUGUUUUUUCUUUGUUGUUGUUUUUAAGUGGGGGUGGGGGAGCAUAAAAAUCAGGUUUUAUGUUAGAAGCUCAAGGACAGUGUAAAAUGUGGCGAUAUCACAGGAAGAGAACAGCACACGAGAUGGAGAGGGGGUGGCACAAUGUGCAAAGUACUAGUAUUUAUAGCAUUCACUGGUGCAUGUAUAAAUGACCGAGUUCACGCUUUGGUGAGUACACGCGGUAAAAACUGGUUUUACUGGGUUUAACCCUAAAACUCGAGGCUCUACUAUUUAUGCAGCACCAACAGGCCUGCAUUGUCACUUUUUUAUGUGUGACCUAACUCAAAAUGUUCAAUGUUUGUUGUCAAAAUUAGGCAUCAAAUUGGGGUUUUAUUGCAAUAGAAUUUGGAUAAUGGCAAAAAUUGGGAAACUGACAAUGCAGUGGAGCAGUAUGAACACUUUGAUGAAGAUCUGGUCCUUGUUAUAACUGGGUUUAGCUGUGCUUAUAUACCACAAAGGCAAUAACAUGCAUGGAAACAUCACCUAAAAAAAAGGAGGACUGUGAUUUGUGCAUAACAUGUUGAAUAAUGCACUUUGUUUGAAUAAUAAUAAUAAUCAUUAUUAUGGAA